CAUCCCAGCCUCACACCAUUUUAAAAGAAAAAUAAAUCCCCGGGUCGUCGUCAACGGUCGCGGGCGCCGUCGCGACUUCCUCCGGUCUCUCCCCUCUCUCUCGCCAUAACUCCAAGAAGAACUGGAGAAGUCUAGGGUUAGGGUUUCUUCUUCGCUGGCGAAGAUGGCCGUAUCGAGAAACCCUGAGCUCGAGCUAGGAUUUCGAUCAAUUUCCUCGAUUCUCUUCGUCCUCCUCCUCCUCCUCAUCCUCCUAGCUUCGUUCCCUCUCCCAUCGGAGUCCUCGUGCCGGUCAUGCGACCUCGCCAUCGGCUCCUACUACAUCCCCAAGGGGUCGCAGAUGGACAUCGAGAACAUCUCCUCCCUCUUCGACGAUAACCUUACCGACAUGCGCGACUACAACCCCAGCAUCAACAACACGGACUUCAUCCCAGACGACUCCCGCAUCAACGUCUCCUUCACCUGCGAAUGCCUCGCAGACGGCGCCUUCCACGGCCAUAACUUCUCCUACCAGACCCGCUUCGGCGAUACCUACACCACCAUCGCCUCCACCAACUAUUCCAACCUCACCACCGAGGCCGCUCUCGAAGCCUUCAAUUCCUACUCCCCAAAUACGAUUCCGGACAAUGUUGACAUCAAUGUCGUGGUUAAUUGUUCCUGCGGGGAUGCGGAUGUGUCGAGGGAGUAUGGAUUGUUCGUGACGUACCCGCUUCGGCCUGGGGAGAAUCUGAGCUCGGUGGCGGCCGAGUGGGGGUUCUCGAAGCAGGAGGUUCUGCUGCAGAAGUAUAAUCAAGGUGUCAAUUUUAGUGCGGGAGAGGGGAUUGUCUUUAUCCCAACGAAAGAUCCAAGUGGAAGCUAUCGCCCCCUUCCCCCUCCAUCAAGCAAAAGACUGUCAGCUGGAGCCAUUGCCGGAAUUUCUGUUGCUGCACUAGUUGCUGUUCUAGUAUUUUCCAUUUGUACAUAUUUUGGGGUGUAUAGGAGAAAGAAGGGGAAGAAAGCUUUAUUGCUUCCAUCAACAUAUGAACAUAAUGCCAUUCUACAUGGACAUGGUAGUGCAGAUGCCUCAGAUGUAACACCUCAAGAGGGCAGUGGUUCCCAGCUCCCAGGAUUUGCCGUGGACAAAUCAGUAGAGUUUUCUUAUGAAGAGCUUGCUGGCGCUACUAAUGAUUUCAGCAUGAGUAGUAAAAUUGGUGAAGGUGGUUUUGGUGCUGUUUACUAUGCCGAGCUGAGAGGAGAGAAAGCUGCAAUCAAGAAGAUGGAUAUGCAAUCAUCUAAAGAAUUCUUUGCAGAACUGAACGUUCUGACCCAUGUUCAUCACUUCAAUUUGGUGCGUUUAUUAGGCUAUUGCAUCAAGGACUCUUUAUUUCUUGUUUAUGAAUAUAUUGAGAAUGGCAAUUUAAGCCAACAUUUGCGUGGGUCAGGCAGGAAUCCACUGCCAUGGUCUGCUAGAGUUCAGAUUGCUCUUGAUUCGGCAAGGGGUUUAGAGUAUAUUCAUGAGCAUACAGUUCCACAAUAUAUACAUCGUGAUAUCAAAUCAGCAAACAUUUUGAUAGACAAGAAUUUCCGUGGAAAGGUUGCAGAUUUUGGGUUAACAAAACUUUCUGAAUUUGGAAUUUUGCCAGAUCCUACUCGUGCUGUUGGAACAUUUGGUUACAUGCCUCCAGAGUAUGCUCAGUUAGGUGAUGUCUCUACAAAAGUGGAUGUAUAUGCAUUUGGUGUUGUCCUAUAUGAACUUAUUUCAGCCAAAGAAGCUGUGGUGAAGGCAGGAGCGGCAACAGAAUUUAUGGGCUUAGUUGCUCUGUUUGAGGAUGCUCUUAGCGAACCCGAUCCGAGAGAGCAUCUGCGAAAACUGGUUGAUCCAAGGCUAGGUGACAACUACCCGAUCGACUCGGUUUAUAAGAUGGCCCAGCUUGCUAAGGCCUGCAGCCAGCUGGAGCCUCAACUGAGGCCAAGCAUGCGAUCCAUUGUGGUUGCAUUGAUGAUACUAUCAUCCUCUACCGAGGAUUUGGACAUUGAUGCCUUAUAUGGAAACCCAGCUCUCGCCAAUCUCAUGUCAGGAAGGUAGGUUAGUUCAUGCUUACCUUCUCUGCAUGUCAUGUUUGUGAAGGGUUGCAAGCUUUGUAAGUGGUGCAUUCACCACAGCCUAUUAGAGGAAAUCUGGCCGCUAGCAGUUUGACCAAAUGUAUUAGUUUCACGAUAACCACUGAUUGUAUCAAUCUUUAUUUAAAUAAUCCCAUGUCAUGAAAUUGCAUGGUGUUGGAUGUAUUCAAUAAAACUUUCCAUAAAAAAGAGAAUUUACGGAAAAAA